UCAACAUCUGGCGCCAUGGGGUCGGCUGCUGGGAGGAUUUACCGAAGUAGAAGUCAGAUGGACUUGAAUGAACGCGCCGUAGAGGAGGUGCCAGUAAGGAGUUGGUAUCUGCAAAGGGCCAAAGAGGAUCCAAAACUCAUCGGGCAGGCCGCGGAGAUGCGGAAGCUCUACGUCGAGCAGCUGCGGACGGUGAUCCCCUCGCCGCUGCCGCGGGCGGAGACCAGCGGCGACGAUCAUCAGAUGCUGAGGAUCAUCCAGUGGAACCUGAACUGCUUAUGCGGCGUCGAUGGGCAAAGCGCGCAGACGGCCACGGAGAUUCUGAAGAUCGUGGAGAGAAGCACAGCUGACAUCCUUCUCUUUCAAGAGGCGCCCACCGGCCCCGCCCAGACCUGGUGGUGGGAGCCAUGGAGGUCCACCUUCCCCGUGCGCGAGAUGAGGCGCUUGGAGACCUCGCUGAAACGCAUGGGGUACACCACCCAGCUGCGAACGGAGUGUUUCAGCCAAACCUUGCUAUGUACCAAUCUUCAUGUGAGAGAAUUUCAGCAUGUUCAACUGGACCUUCAGCAUGCCUAUCGCUUCCGCAUGGAGGAGGAGCGUGCCGCGGUGCGUGCGGUGCUGCACUUUGGUGCCAAAGACGACACCAGCGACGACAACGUUAUCUCCGUUUAUGCCACACAUUUUCAUCAUCAGAACUUCACCCUUGGAGCCGAGUCGAAGCAAGGCGUACGGCAAGCCGAGGCCAAAGUCCUGUUGCAACAUGUGGCAGAGGCAUCGGUCGGUCCCGUCUUGGUGGCUACGGAUUUCAACCAGGCCAGACGUCAAGACUACGACCCGGAGGAGUGGGCGGUGAUUGCCAAAGGUGUGUUCUCCGUGGGCGAGCCCGAAGAUGAUGGUGUGGCGGAGCUCUUCGAAGAAGCAGGCUUCAGAUGUGCCUAUGACAUGGCGAAGAAACGGAAUUGGCCCGUUAGCAAGGCGCCGCCCUUUACGCAUUGGACGGGCACCACGGUGGAUUAUCCCUACGUUCGCUCCAGCGCCAAGCGGCGCGUGGGUGUCGAUGGCGUGUACAUUGUCAAUAGCAGUGUGUCAGAUCACCUGCCGAUUGUGACUGACAUCACCUUCACUCCAAUCACUCAACUCUGAGCAGCUAAUGAUGAAGAGAAUUCAUGCGAAAUGUUCGAACAGAGCUGAUGAGAUACCGGAAAUCUCAUCAUGUGGUUGAAUCUGAUGUGGUCAUCAUUGGUUGGUCGAUUCUUGACAGGUUGGUAUUUGCUCUCAUGGCGCU